UUCGUGCAUACGACACAUAAAGAGACUCUACGUUUGACGUAUGGAAAGAUGGUGACCGACUGAUAGUGAAGUUUGAUGAUAACGCAAAUCCCGAAUAUUUCCACUUAUUCUUACCGUGAUAAGAUUGUUAAUUGCGCAAGUAAUGGAUGGCAGAUCGUUAUUGGGGAUAUCGUGAGCUAUCGGAGACAUCAAUUUUGAUAUUGCAAGAAAGUAACUCAAUGAAAGAAUUAUGAAUUCUUUAAAGUAAUCCCUUUAAAUCCUAAUAAAUUUUUUACAAUGUCUCAUUGCGAGGAAGAUGCAGCAUCUCCUGGUUUUCAUCAAUUAAGUAUUACAAUUGAAGCAGCAAUACUGAGAAGUUCAACUUUUUUAAAGCCUAAUCCAUAUAUAGAAUUCUCAGUUGAUGAUAAAAGUCCUCGUAAAACGGAAGUGUCAAAGUCCACGUAUCAACCAAAAUGGAACGAAGAAUUUACUAUACUUGUUACGCCAUAUUCACAGUUACAUUUUCGAUUACUUGAUCAUAGCACAUUUCGCAAAGACACAUUAAUAGGAGAGAAACGGAUAAACUUAUUUCAAGUGUUAUCACAUUAUAAUGGAAAACUAGAAAAUUUAGAAUUAACAUUUGAUUUAAUGAGUGAGAGUAAACAUGAUUCCCAACUGUGCAAAGUUGGUGAAUUGAUUACUGUAUUUGAUGGACUUAGAAUCGAUACCACUAAUGAAAUACCAGUGAAUGAUACUAGUGAACCAUCUUGCCAAAUACAAUCUGAUGGUGCCACAAAUGAUGCAAUCAAUAACCGAAGUAUUCUCAACGGUGGAGUUCGUGCACGUAUGAGAUUACAUAGCUCAGAGAAUCUUGCACCAUCGGUAUAUCAUCUGACAAAUAUUCGCCUUAGCCCCAAUUAUAAUGGUGGAAACCAUCAAGCAAACAGCAACAAAAACAUUUCUACCACGAUCUCAAAUACAGAUGGUCUACUGCUUCCAACAUCAAGUAAUCCUAAUGUCAAAAGUAGUCCUAGUAUGCACCUUCCCGCGUGUAGUUCGGUGAAUGGACACGCUAUUCCAAUGGCGGACAAAUCUAUAAUGUCACCAGGAAACAAGCAUGCGACAGACAUACGAACUUUCGCAGGUAGAUCGACUGUUAAAGAACAAUCGUCGAUGUCGUCCAAUUCAUCGGAGGGGCGAGCAUAUACAUGGAGCAAUUACAGCAACGUGGAUCAACCUGCAAUGGUCAAGACGGAUUCACGUCCAUCGCGAUCAAUAGUGGAACAAUCUUCUUUGAUGAUAUCCGGACAGCAGAUAUGCGCGGAUGUCCGUGGAAUAUCGCGACAAGAUCAAUCGAUGCUUCCUAAUGUGGACAGUCCCAGUGCUUCUCAAACGGAUGCGAAUGUAUCAUCGCACGUGGACAUGUGUGGCGGUGCUAUUAGUACCGUGCGAGUAGAACAACCAAUUGCUGCGGCUCUUCCAGACGAUCACAUAAUGACACGAUCAGAACAAUCAUCGAAUAUUCUUUUAACAGAUGAUUUACGUGGACCGAGACAAGCAGAUCAAUCUACGAAUAUUCGACGAAUGAGUAUGACCAAUGAGGAUCAACGCACGACGAGACAACAUUCGGAACAAUCUACAAACAUUCGUGUAACUGAAGAUUUACGAGGAAUGAGACAGCCCGAGCAGUCCACAAGUGUUCGUGUUAAUGAAGAUUUGCGCGUGAUAAGACAGCCAGAACAAUCUACUAGCGUUCGUCUGCAGGAGGAUUUGCGAACUCCACGAGCGGAACAAUCAAUAAGUGCAGCGCCACUAACAGAUUUACGUGGAGUUUCACGUAGUCAACAAAACACAACUGUUUCUCUGACGGACGGUCGUGCUGUGGUUCUCCGAUCAGAACAAUCAACAGUGAUUCCUCUCACUGACGGACGAACAAUUCCCAUUGUAGAACACACGUCCUCCACGUUACCAGAUCCUCGCUCCGGCAUGCCACGAGUUCCGCAGAAUGCGACUUCAUUACCAAGUCAAUCAAUUGCUGCAUCCAUGCCUGGACAGUCUGUGACGCAAUCGGGAUCUUCUGUAUUACUUACUGAAGAUAUCAAUCAUUCCGAGGAACCUUUGCCGCCAGGUUGGGAAAUGAGAUACGAUUUGUAUGGAAGAAGAUAUUAUGUCGAUCACAAUACCCGAAGCACGUCUUGGGAAAGGCCUCAGCCAUUACCUCCUGGAUGGGAAGUUCGUCGAGAUCCAAGAGGUAGAAUUUAUUACGUUGAUCAUAAUACAAGAAGCACCACAUGGCAAAGGCCAAGUACAGAAAGAUUACAACAUUUCCAACAUUGGCAAGGUGAAAGACAAUAUGUCGUUCAACAAGGCAAUCAAAGAUUUCUUUAUCCUCAGGUUCACAGUGGUAAAAUGUCUGCUGCUCCAUCAACAUCUACAGCUGACGAUGAUGAUGCUCUAGGACCAUUACCGGCUGGUUGGGAAAAACGAAAACAACCGGAAGGAAGAGUUUAUUAUGUAAAUCAUAAGAACCGGACUACGCAAUGGGAGGAUCCUCGAACGCAAGGUCAAGAAACUGGAAUGGACGAACCACCGUUACCAGAUGGCUGGGAAAUACGGUUAACGGAAGACGGGGUUCGAUAUUUUGUAGAUCAUAACACUCGUACAACAACAUUUCAGGAUCCAAGACCUGGUGCACCCAAAGGACCAAAAGGUGUAUAUCGUGUCCCAAGGGCAUACGAAAGAUCGUUCCGAUGGAAGUUGUCUCAGUUCCGAUUCUUAUGCCAGACUAAUGCGCUGCCUAACCAUAUCAAGAUUAGUGUUAGUCGGCAGACAUUAUUUGAAGAUUCUUAUCAUCAAAUAAUGAACGCGGAAGCUUUUGCGUUGCGACGGCGAUUAUAUAUAAUAUUUAAAGGAGAGGAAGGUCUGGACUAUGGAGGUGUAUCUAGGGAAUGGUUUUUCUUAUUGAGUCAUGAAGUCUUAAAUCCGAUGUAUUGCCUAUUCGAGUAUGCCAAUAAAAGCAAUUAUAGUUUACAAAUAAAUCCAGCAUCAUAUGUUAAUCCUGACCAUUUGCAGUAUUUCAAAUUUAUAGGAAGAUUUAUUGCAAUGGCUCUUUAUCAUGGUCGAUUUAUAUAUAGUGGAUUUACAAUGCCAUUUUAUAAACGCAUGUUGAAUAAAAAAUUAGUAAUGAAGGAUAUAGAAUCUAUCGAUCCGGAGUUCUACAAAUCCCUUGUAUGGAUAAAAGAAAAUAACAUCGAUGAAUGUGGCCUAGAAUUAUUUUAUAGUGUGGAUUUUGAGAUCCUUGGUCAAGUAAUACAUCAUGAGUUAAAAGAAGGUGGUGAUAAAGUUAGAGUAGGUGAAGACAAUAAAGAAGAAUAUAUCAGGUUGAUGACAGAGUGGAGAAUGACAAGAGGUAUAGAGGAACAAACGAAAGCAUUUUUAGAAGGCUUCAAUUCAGUUGUCCCACUUGAAUGGCUCAAAUAUUUUGAUGAACGUGAAUUGGAGCUUAUGCUUUGCGGUAUGCAAGAAAUAGAUGUUGAAGAUUGGCAACGCAAUACUAUUUAUAGACAUUAUACUCGUAACAGUAAACAAAUCUUAUGGUUCUGGCAGUUUGUAACGAGAACAGAUAGCGAAAAGAGAGCUAGAUUGUUGCAAUUUGUAACUGGUACUUGUCGUGUACCUGUUGGUGGAUUUGCUGAAUUAAUGGGUAAGUUACGACGAAGUAGAAUUAGUUGUUUUUAUUUUUGAAAAUGUUUAUUCUAUUUUAUAAAUGAAUUUAAUGAG